AUGUUGCUCCCAUCCGCCCUCCCAUGCGAUGUGCGCCGGUCGUCUCGCUUCACUCCCAGUCGCCUAUUCUCAACACCUCCCCCAUCCGACACAGGAAUUCCAUCAGGCAACGGUCUCCUCGGCACAUGUCGCGCACUACAAUCUCUACUCAACAGAUCGCCCACACCUUCAACACGCUCAGUAAAAGCCCAACGUCUACAGAGCCCCCUCCCCCUCAACACACCCCGUCGCUCGCCGCGAUCGCACAAGGCUGCGCGACCCGUCUCUCCCAGACAAACACCACCGCCCAGAACCGCCGCUCUCUCACCCCCACCACCUCCAUCCGCACCCGCGCGCGGCGCAAACAAGCGCCGCCGCGACAUCCUCGACGACGACGACAGCGACGCAGAGUUGAAUCAUCGGCGCAACCGCUUCGCGACUCCCAAACGUCGCCGCCACGUUCCCUACAAUAUGCCUCUCGGCCUUUCCUCUACAGACUUCUAUUCUCUACACUCCCCGCCUGUCAGCCAAUCGCCACCCUCUCCUCCCCGUCGCCGGAUGGAUUAUGACAUCCCGGCUGGCGCACGCGUCGACCCAGACGCGCCUCUUCCUUCCAUCGAGGAGUGUGCUCCUUCGCCGCUACAAGACUGGACCGCCGAAGAAGACAAACGCCUUAUCGAGCUGGUCCUCGAGAAAUUCCGCCUCUCCCAACAAGAAUGGGACGAGUGCGCGCGCCAAAUGGGUCGCAGCCAUGUUGGGCACAGGUGGCAGUCCCUCGUUGGCGAGGGUCGUGUCGGCCUGCGUCCACGCCGUUGA